CUUCCGCCUUUUUUCUGCCGGAAGAACAGUUGGCUGCUGGGUUAGGGGGGCGCGGUGGAUAUUGACCUUUGCCCUUGCCUCGUCGUUGUGGCACAGCGCACCUUCAUGUCGCCUGCUUCCUCCACAGAACCGGUUUCCGGCCUCCGAUCAUCUGGCAAAAUGUUACUGUUGCUGCUGCUGCUCCCCGUGUGCUGGGCGGUGGAGGUCAAGCGGCCCCGGGGCGUCCCUCUCACCAACCAUCAUUUCUACGAUGAGUCCAAGCCUUUCACUUGCCUGGAUGGUUCGGCCACCAUCCCUUUCGAUCAGGUCAAUGAUGACUACUGUGACUGCAAGGAUGGCUCAGAUGAGCCAGGCACUGCCGCCUGUCCUAACGGCAGCUUUCACUGCACCAAUACUGGCUACAAGCCCUUGUAUAUCUCCUCCAGAUGGGUCAACGAUGGAGUGUGUGACUGCUGCGACGGGACGGAUGAGUACAAUAGUGGGAUCGUCUGUGAGAACACUUGCAAAGAGAAGGGCCGCAAGGAGAGAGAGACAUUGCAGCAGAUGGCAGAGGUUACCCGUGAGGGGUUCCGCCUGAAGAAGAUCCUUAUUGAGGACUGGAAGAAGGCCCGGGAGGAGAAGCAGCAAAAGCUCACUGAGCUACAGGCCGGAAAGAAGUCCCUGGAGGACCAGGUGGAGGUGCUGCGGAUAGUGAAGGAGGAGGCCGAGAAGCCAGAGAAGGAGGCCAAAGACCGGCACCAGAAGCUGUGGGAAGAGCAGCAGGCUGCCUCCAAGGCCCAGCGGGAGCAGGAGCUGGCGGCCAGCGCCUUCCAGGAACUGGAUGACAACACGGACGGGGUGGUGUCAGUGGCUGAGCUCGAGACCCACCCGGAGCUGGACACAGAUGGGGACGGGGUGCUGUCAGAAGGGGAAGCCCAGACGCUGCGGGGAGAUACGCAGAUGGAUGCUGCCUCUUUCCAUGACCGUGUCUGGGCUGCCAUCAGGGACAAGUACCAGUCCGAGGUGCUGCCCACCAGCCCACCAGUGCCUUCUGUGCCGACCUGACGGAGUCCAAGGAGGAGCGCCCCGUUGCCCCAACCCUCACAGCCUGUGGAGGAGGAGGAGGAGGAAGGAGAAACAGAGGAGGAAGAAGAAGAGGAGGAGGAGGAUUUCCAGGAGGCCCCACCCCCACUUACACCCCCUCAGCCGGCUAGCCCCACCAAGGAGGACAAAAUGCCACCUUAUGAUGAGCAGACGCAGGCCUUCAUUGAUGCCGCCCAGGAGGCCCGCAACAAGUUUGAGGAGGCUGAACGGUCCUUGAAGGACAUGGAGGAGUCCAUCAGGAACCUGGAGCAGGAGAUUUCCUUUGACUUUGGCCCCAAUGGGGAGUUCGCUUACCUGUACAGCCAGUGCUACGAGCUCACCACCAACGAGUACGUCUACCGGCUCUGUCCCUUCAAGCUUGUGUCACAGAAACCCAAGCUCGGCGGCUCCCCCACCAACCUCGGCACCUGGGGCUCUUGGGCCGGCCCUGAACAUGACAAGUUCAGCGCCAUGAAGUACGAACAGGGCACUGGCUGCUGGCAGGGCCCCAACCGCUCCACCACGGUGCGCCUGCUGUGCGGGAAGGAGACCGUGGUGACCAGUACCACGGAGCCCAGUCGAUGCGAGUACCUCAUGGAGCUGAUGACACCUGCCGCCUGCCCAGAGCCACCCCCUGAACCACCUGCAGACAGCGAGCACGAUGAGCUCUAGCCCCAUGGGCCCGAGCCCGACCCAGCAGAGGUGGGCGAGGAAGUGGGUCUCUGCCGCCUGGGCUGGGGUGCUGUAGUGUCUGAGUAAGACAGAUCUAGGUUGGGCACCUCCUCUCCUCAUCUGUGUCCCUUUAUCUGUUUUUCUUUCUUGUUGGGUCUUUCACUGGCCCCAGAACCUCAAGAUGUGGAACCAGCUCCCAGUGGUGCGGCCUACCUGCCCCACAGUCUGGAUGAAGGCCUGGCCCUCCAAGUCUCCUUGCUCUCCCCACAGGCAGGAACCAUGAGAGGCCCCCUGCCCUGUUUUCAAGGGGUCAGGUGGCACAGAGCCAUUUCCAAAGCCUCAGUGGCCCCCAAAGAUAGACUGAAGGAGUGCACCCUCCCUGGGCCCUGAGCCUAGUGGCUCACUGCCCACCCCACCUGACCCCCCUGCCCGGGGCAUCUGCCUCCCCUGCUGGUGGGGACGGGGAAUUGACUGUGACCUUGAAACAAUAAAUGACACCCCCCAACCCA